AUGGAGAAAGUAAGUACAGAUACUUUGAGGUCGGCUGCAUCCAAAUGGAGUCUUGGUGGGGAUAAACAGUUAUUAGAUUUAUUGCAAGAUUUUCACAAGAAAAUUAUAACCAAAUGUUCAGAAACCAACACAAAACUUGAUGAAUUAGUUGGUUGCUUGGACACAGCCAGUAUUGAUCUUCAAAAUGUGAACAAUAAGUUUAUGUCACUAAGUAAUACUCAAUUUAUUGAGAGGAGAGUUUAUGAUGACGAUGUAGAUGUUGCCCCACCAGUUACUCCUCCUAAGGAAACCCAUAGACAGCCAGAAUCAAAAGAAGAUUUAGCAAAGCUACAGCAAAGUAUAGAGGUCUUAGAGUCUAUGCAUGAAGUCGUUCAAAUAUUGGAUUCAGACUCAUCUGACGAAGAUGAUGAAGGAAGGAUGGUCUUUAGACCGAAAGAUGUGUAUGCACAUAGACCCUUGCCAUAUAUAAUUGGAUCCGAAAUGUGGAAGAAGAAAUGGCAUGCAGGCUUAGUGGCUGAAGACAGCGACACAGAUAGUACAGGUUCCAAGCCAGAACCGCAAGAGGAGUAUUCAGAUUCUGAACCUGAAGUCAGUGAGAUACCGACGGAUAAAAUUAUGCCAAAAGAUGUUACGGUGUCUACUACUUCUACAACAAGUAUGGAGGCUAGUCUGAGUGUAUCAUCAUCUAAGCCAGCCAAACCUGCGGACAUAGCUGCGGAGUUAGCCAGACGACUCGGUGGUGAUAUGAUACCCCCUCUACCCCCAAUGGGCAAUUCUCCACCAAAAACAACAGCCACAAAGGUGUAUCGACCAGAACAACCACCUAGAGCUACUAUAUUUUUCAACGAACCACCUCCGUUGGACCGAGAUUCAGAAAAAGAAGAGAGUGAUACAGAAGAUAAUAUUUUCGCCGAAUUACACAGAAAGAGUUAUACGCAAAAUGAGAAGAUUCGUCCGCCCACAAAUGUUAUUGAUGAACUUUUUGGUCCUGUUGUUAGUCCGAAGAAGCAAGAUAACAAACGUAAAUCUUUGUUAAGUGACGAUUCUGAGCCAGAACUGUUUGCUGAAAAAUCGAAGGAAAAAACACCUGGAACAACCAAGGAUGCCAGUUUAAAGAAGCCAGUUGGAGGAAUAUCUAUAUUCGGAUCGAAUCAAGACUCCAACAGUAUAGGAGCUGCCAUCCUAAAACGCCAUCAACCAAAGUCAUCUGACGAAGAAAGCGAAACCGACAAUUCAUCAAUACAAAAAUCUGUUCAAGCUUCCAAGGAAGAAAAUACCGUACUAGACCCUAAAAAUACAGAAGCGUUCAAUAACCCUGCAACAAGCAAAAAUAAUGUAUUAGAGGAUUUAUUUACAAAACCAAAAACGAAUAAGACUAAGAGUUUUACUAAAGUUUCUAAUAACAAAGAAAUUGAGUCUAAGAGAACCGAACAGAAAAAAAUUGACCUAUUUAGCGAUGAUUUAUUUGAUGAUAUAGAUGAUAUUUUCACUAGCAAUGUUAUUACUAAGAAAGUAGAUAGUCAGAAGUCGACCUUUGAGGAUGACUUAUUCUCUAAUGUUGUUGCAGCUAAAAACCUAGCAAACGCUAAAAAUGAAACAUUGUUUGACAGCGAAGAUGAACUUUUUACGAAGAAAGCAGUAACUGAAGAGAAAACACAUCCAGUAUCAAAGCCCCAUUUAGAUACAGUAAAAAAAGAAUUAUUUGUUGAUACAGUAGACGACUUAUUUAAGGAAAAAGUUGUAAAUACAUCAAUGAGUACUAGUAAUAUUGCAGACAAGGGAGAUUUGCCAAUUAGAAAAGAAACCUCUGCUGAAAGUCUUGCGAGAACUAGGGACUCUGUAUCAAGUAUAAAACCUCCAAUUGUGUCUAAAAAUACAGAAAUCGUCAGUAAAAAGACUAAAAGUAUUUUUGAUGAUGACAGCGACGAUGAUCUUUUCAAAAGUAAUGACAUACCAAGCAACGAAAACAAUUUAAAUACUAUCACGAAAAAAAAUACAAGUCUUUUCGACGAUGUUAGUGACGAUGAAUUGUUCGUCAGUACAAAAAGUAAAUCUGAAGUAAAGCCGUCGUUAAAUGAUCCGUUAGUAGAAGAAAUCACAGAUAAGAAAUUCGGUAUAGAGGGACAAAUAAAAAACAACGAUACCAAAUUUAUUUCUACAGAAAAAAUGACCUCUUAUGAAAAAUUAGUCCACACCACCAAAGUACAAAAAAGUAUUUUCGACAGUGAUAGUGAAGAAGAACUGUUUGGUGGUAAGAAAAAAAUGGUCAACCCAAAUAAAUCUUCAGAAAAAGUGCAAACGCAAACAUACACAGGUAUUCCAGAUGUUGAUAGCGUCAGUAUAGACAUAAAUAAUGCACAAUCUCCAUUAAACAUUAAAAAUGAGGAGAAAGCAACUUCUAAUUGCGAAAACCAAGAAAAUUCACAAAAUAUUUUACAUUCAGAUAACACAUUGCAAGAGGCUAUAUUACCAAAAGAGAGCUCCGAGUUCUUAAAUAUAAAAGAUAAUAAUCCAAAUCAUGCAUUUAAUAGUCCCUCCAUUUUUGACGACGAUGAAAUGGAAAAUUGUUUGUCCAACACAUCUGUAAACCAAGGUGAAGCGAGUCAAGAUAAUGAUCAAACUAUAAUAAAUCGUAAUUACGUUGUAGCAAGUGAAAAGGAUAUGCAAAUUGAAAAUAUUAUAACUAGUGACAAACACAAUAUUGAAGACAAUAGAGAUUUUGAGAAAAAAGAUAUACGAAUAUCGGAAAACGAACGUUAUAUACAAAAAGAUAUCCCCUCCGAUAAUGUAAAAGAAUUUGAGAAAAAUAGCCAUAACGUCAAAGAACUCACUUCUCAACAAAAUAUACCGACGGAAUCCAAAAUAAGUCCAGAGCAAUCUGACAUAAUUAAGGAAACUAGUCCGUUUUCUGAUAUAUUUAAUGAUUUACCUCCAGAAUUUGAAAAACCUAAAGAACCAAAGAAAAGCAAAAAUGUCAACGCCCUCUUUGAUGAUGAUUCCGACGAUGAAACAUUAUUCUUCAAGAAAAGUAGUGAAGUUACAGAUGAACUACCAAGCCCUGGUUACGCAAAUGAACGGUUUAGUAUAUUUCACGAUGAACCACCUGCUGUUGACAUCGAUUUUACCCCGAAACCUCCCAAACCAAAUAAAAACAUAAUUAUUGAUACUCCUAAUGAAUCUGUAGAAGAAUUAACUAAUUCACAGGAUUGUAAAAAAGAUAAAAAUAUAAUAAUCCAAAAGAAAAACGUUGAUCAAGAAGCUCUUUCGCCAACCUCUAUAGAAGAAACUGUAAACAAAAGUGAGAUUCAUUCGUGUUUUGGUGAUACUGCCGAAAAUGUUAAAAUUAAAUCUAGGGUGCCCGUAGAAAAGGUAGAAGAUUCAAUUAUAUCGACGAAUAUAUUAAUCACGGAUAAAAUUAAUAAGUUACACAAUGAAAGUCCGAUAGAAGAAAAAGGAAAGAAAUCGAAAAAUAUUGGAAAAUUGAAGACUGCAAAUCUUAUCAUUAAUGUAAAUUCUCUUCUACCAGGUGCAGCGCCUAAAAAAAAUAAAUUACCUGAAGAAAUCGACGGCGCUGUUCAGUCGAGGAUGCCGGAAAUAAAUGAUCGAGUUCAAACGGCGGAAAUCCUGGACAAUACUGUUUCUAAAGAAAGAGCUAAAAUUAAAGUUAAAAGACGUCCUUCUACGAGACAGGCUAGAAAAGAAGCCGCUAGAAAAUCUGCUAUUGAUUUUGGAGAAAGUGUUGAUUCCACAGACAAUUCUGCUACUAUAGAUAGGUCAAAAUUUUCCAACAUAGUUAGUGCAGAUAAGAUCUGUUAUGAUAAAAUAGACAAUAAACCAUAUAAUAAUUCUGAUGACAAUAAAAGUGAAAAUGUAACAAAAGUAGUAUAUAUUAUAAACGACGAAGACAUAUUUUCGGAAGGAAAUAAGGAUUCAAAUGAUAAUAGAUCAAAUGUACCUCCACAGAAGUCGAAAGAAACUAUAACAGAAGUAGGUAUAUUAGGUCAAAGUAAAAAUAAUAUACAUCAAACAAAACCUUCGACAAGCACAGAUAAUAAAUUUGAUGCUAAUAAAAAUGCUAAGUCAGAUGUGAAAGCAAUUUUUGAUCUUAGUGAUAGCGAUGGUGAACUUUUUGGUGCCAGUAAGAGUAAGCUGCCGCCGAAAACUAAACUUUUCGAUUCAGACAGUGAUGAUGACGAUUUGUUUGGAGGGAAAAUACAAAAAUCGAAGAAUGUAGAAAAAGUGAAAACUACUCAAUCACUCUUCAGUGGUGAGAGUGACGAUGAUCUGUUUGGUACAUCUACAAAAAAUAGUGAUUCAACUUCAAAAUCGAAAGAGGUUUUAAGUAAACCAUCCGAACCAGUCUUUGAAGAUCCUCUAUCAAUUUUAAAUCAAGAUAAUAGGUAG